AUGGGGCUACUGGGAAAAUGCAUUAGAAGGGGAGGGAGGAUAAAGAGAGGGGAGAAAGAAAAGGGAGAGAAAAAGGUGAGAAAGAGAAAAAGAUUGGAGAGAAAGGGAGGAGAAGACAGAGACGGGAGUAAGAUGAGGGGGAGAAAGAGAGGUGAGACUGGGGAGCAGAAGAAGAUGAAGUGGAGAAGGAAGAGGGGAGAAAGAGAAGGGGGAGAAGAGGGGAGGGAGAUUUUAGUUGGGAGAAAAUUGAGAGAGAGGAGAAAAAGAAGGGGGAACAUGAGGAGAAAGAUUGGAGAGAAAGGGAGGGGAAUGCAUAGAGGGGAGAAAGAUGAGGGGAGAAAGAGAGGUGAGAAUGGGAAGCGGAGAAAGAUGGGAGUUGAAGAGGGGAAGGAAGAGAGGAGAAAGAGGAGGGGGAGAAGAUAG